AGCGGCUAUAUAUUGUUGGUUUGCUUACAUACAAGUACCAGUUUGUCUCUAUUAUAGAGGAUGAAUGACAAGUUUCUGUCAUAGAAAAGAGGAAGAAACAUCUUUCGCAAUAAGUUUGUGCCUUAGCCGAGCAAUUUACAUGCCUUCUCAAACGCCUCCUUUCAUAAUACGUCAAGGUUUAUUUCAUGGAACUAUGAAAUUGUCCUGUAUAAUCUUGGCAUUGCUUACAGUGAGCUCCUGGGCGACAAGCAAGGCUGAACAGCAAACGCAGCUGCACAGGCUUUUUGGCAAUAUGAUGAAAAAUAAGUUCCCACUGGCGGAAACGUAUUUCACCAUUCGCGAGACAGGGGCACCAAGCAACAGCACGCUCUACCGUUUUAACCUGACCAACGGGAAGAUGUGGAACAUUGGCCACCAGCUGACGCCGAAGUACAAUGAACAGACCUGUCGUGUCAAAAGUGGCGGAGUCGGUGAAAUGGCAACAUGCGAGUUUAAUAUCAAGAACACGAUGAUAACGUACGACGGCAUGCUUUCUUACGGCAGUAAGCUUGUGGAAAACUUUACUGUCUACUCAAGCGUCACCGAGUUUUUGUUCGGAAACCACCGUAACCCAGCAUCGUUGACGGCGAUCGUCUACAACCCUCCCGGAUGCGCAUACCAAACAACGUGUCUUAUAGUACAGUGCCUGAUAACCAAUUUUGUACUGGACACAACAACGUUUCCUGAGUUCACUAAAUUCGAUUUCGAGAACUUUAAGAAAAAUUCCACCCUGGCGAAUUUAGUAUGGGAGGACUUUGAAGUGAAUAUGUUCACUAAGGUUAGGUUAAUCGUAAUGAGAACCAUAAACUACACAUGUUGGAAAAGGUUAUGGAACAUAUCUCAACAAACAGUGCACUAAGUUGUACCCUUCGAUGACAUUUCAAUUGAAGCAAUCGACUACUCUUUUUGCAAGUCUGAUGCUGUUGUGGGCUUUUCUUUACUAAUAAAUGAUUGCUGUAAGGUGUU